AUGGAGGGUGAGCCCUUGCCCGAUGCUCCUGAUGCUCCCGAUGCUCAAAUCUCCCCUACACUACAAUUGCAGACAACUACCGUCUCCGAAUUCCCCGCGCUUUCUCUGUCACCCUCGUUUAAGCUAGAUGAAGGCUACUCGGAUGAUACUCGAAGCCAGGCCGACAAAGAUCUCGGAUCAGACAAUGUCAUGGCGCUUCCAAAUUGGGUGCUCGCCCAGUCCGAGGCCGGCAGAGCUGAGCUCGCAUACAGCCUUCUUCGGUCUCUACGAACCUCAAGCAUCGCCGCAGUAGUUGAUCGACUUAACCCCAUCCUCCAUAUUGACCCAUGUGUCAGACUUCCCCCGGAAGUCACAUGGGAGAUCUUUACCUACCUCGAUGCUCGGACGCUUCUGAAUGCCUCGCUUGCAUCCCGCUCAUGGCGUGAACGUAUCCUUGACUCAGGUCUGUGGAAGUUCCAUUAUAUCCAUGAAGGUUGGGACAUGGACACGAGCGUGAUUCGUGCGUUUGAACAAGGACAUUCCGAGGCCAUGUCGCCGCAGACUCGGAAGUCCCGCCUACGACACUCGGAACCAGAUCUCGGGGAACCCAAGCAGAAGAAGCGCGUGCCGUCGACCUGGCUCGAUUCACGAAGCGAUGAAAACCAAAGACCGACCGUGUUUGGCCCCGAGCCCCCGGUGGCCGACAGUGAAGGUGAUCACCACAUGACUGAUGAUGACGAUCAACCCGCACCUCCGUCCACUGAAAAUCCGGAGUUCACUCUGCCCACGAAUAUUUCCCAAUCUCCUUCGCCGCUGUACCCACCUCUACGCUCGCAACUUCUCAUACGGGAUACCGAUGGAAGCGCCAAAGUCAACUAUUUCCAUAUCUACAAGCAACGCAGGCGGCUCGAAGCGAAUUGGCAUCAAGGCCGUUACACCAAUUUCCAACUUCCUGACCCUUCCCACCCAGAAGAGGCCCAUCGGGAAUGCGUAUAUGCGAUCCAGUUCGAGGGCCGAUGGCUAGUCAGUGGGAGCCGAGACAAGACUGUGCGAGUCUGGAACCUGGAUACCAAACGACUGUGGCAUCCCCCGCUGGUGGGACAUAUCAAGUCCGUACUUUGCUUGCAAUUUGAUCCUCUUCCCGAGGAAGACAUCAUCAUCUCCGGCAGCAGCGACAAGUCCGUCAUCGUAUGGAAAUUCUCCACUGGAGAAAAGAUCCAUCAAAUUGAAGAAGCGCAUACUGACUCCGUGCUGAAUCUCAAAUUCGAUACUCGUUACCUUGUGACAUGUUCCAAGGACCGAAGUGUGAAGGUAUGGAACCGCCGGGAUCUUCUACCGAACAGCAAGGAUUAUCCGCGUAUCUGCCAUGGAUCAGGUGCCACAUAUCCUACAUGGAUAAUAGAUCUGAACGCGGUUGCACCGAAUGUUCUUGAAGCUGGCAUUGCACAUGAGCAUUACAAAGUCCUAGAGCCUUACACGUUGCUCAUGACCGUGGAAGGACAUGGAGCCGCCGUGAAUGCCAUGCAGAUCCAUGGUGAUGAUAUUGUGACGGCGUCUGGGGAUCGAGUGAUCAAAGUCUGGAACAUCCGCACUGGUGCUUGCACGAAGACCUUGCUAGGCCACGAGAAAGGCAUCGCAUGUGUUGAGUUCGACAGCCGAAGAAUCAUUAGUGGUAGCAAUGAUAACUCUGUCCGCAUCUACGAUCAUGCCACCGGAGCUGAGGUGGCGUGUUUGCGAGCUCAUAGUAAUCUCGUUCGCACCCUUCAAGCAGGGUUCGGUGAUGCUCCGGGAGCCGAUGAAACCUUGCGUGGUGAAGCGCGAGCAUGUGAAGCUGCGUUCUUCGCCGCUCAAGAGGCCGGAUUGGACGUCGACAUGGGUCAUCGGGAGCAACGCCGCAAUGGCUACCAACCGAACACUGCUGGAUCUAGGGACCCUCGCGAUAUCCCUGCUCUGGGAGCAAAAAUCCCACCCGGUGGGGGAGGUAGUAGCUGGGCCCGUAUCGUGUCCGGUUCCUACGACGAGUCAAUCUUAAUCUGGCACAAAGACCGUGAUAACAGGUGGACAACGGAUCAUCAACUGCGACACAGUGAUGCCAUCGCCAAUUCCGCUCGUGCGAACCUCAGCCAGGUGGCACGAACCACUGUUGCGGCCCAGGCUCAACACUUGCAAGCAGCACAGGCUCUGGCGACACUUGGGCAAAAUGCCAAUGUCAACCCCCACGCCGGUCGUGCCAACCCACAAUUUGUGCCCCCUCUGGUUAUCAAUGCCCUGCCACUGAACCCACCUCCUGCUCACCAUCAUCACCACCAUGGUCAUCAACGCAGACCUCAAGGGUCCUCGACAGCUGCGAGGGUGUUCAAACUCCAGUUUGAUGCACGAAAGCUCAUUUGUGCCAGCGUGGACCCUCGCAUUGUGGGAUGGGAUUUCGCACCCCAGACUACCAUCUCAUCGGGCUACACACCCGCUACUCCAGUAAGCAGCAAGGAAUCAUACAUCAGCAGACCUAACAAGCUCCAAAUAGGCUGGACAGCACGCGUCGAGGCAGUACUAGAGUACUUCCAGAUCCCCCAUACGCGCCAAUUUAUACAGCUCUCCGAAGUAUAUACUUACAUCCUCAACAAAAACCCAGAAAAGUAUUCAGUCACUCACAGAAAAACUAAACAGACAAAAUCCCACUCCCAAACAGGCCUCGUCCCAAUCCUCCAAUGUCACUCCCUCCCCUCGACAACAAUAACAGACUCCCUCGCCAUCUGCGAAUUCCUCGCUGAAUCAAAUCCAACCCUCCCGCUCUGGCCCAAAGACCGCCACCUGCGCGCCCUCGCCCGUAGCGCCGCCGCCCAAAUGCAUUCCGGCUUCCCACUCCUGCGCAGUACCUUCCACACAAACUUCCUCGCCAGGUACACGGGUAACGUGCCGAUCCCAGAUGGUGCGGCCGCGGAGAUAGCGCGCAUGCUCCGGAUCUGGGAUUCGGCGCGGCAGGCGACGACCGAACGGCUUGCGCUGCUGGGGGAGGUUGAUGAAGGGUUUUUGUUUGGUGGGUUUAGUAUUGCGGAUGCAUUCUUUUGGCCAGUUCUUUGGCGGUUCCGCUCUUAUGGUCUUCCGCUAGAUGGCGCUGGGCCCGAUGCCCUAGCAUGGAUGGCGAAGAUGUGGAGUGACCCGGUGUUUAAGGCGUUGGGGGAUAGCUACUAUGCGCAGGCUGAGGAUCCGCAGACUUGUAUUGCGCAUUAUGAUGAUAUCUUCCGGGAUAGGGAUGAUGUGCAGUACGGUUUGUUCCCGAGGGAUUGGACUUUCUCGGUUUCUGCGUGA